GCCUGCUCCGAGGCCGGAGGUUGGCGCUGGAGGGACCAUGAGCCGCCUGGGCUCGGUGCAGCAGAAAGUGGCCUGCCUGUUCGUGACCCAGGUGAAGGAGGAGCCUUCGGCCAAGAGGGAGCGCCAGCCUUUUAAAGUGCUGGCCACCGAAACUAUUAAUCCAAAGGCAUUAGAUGCAGAUAUAUACAGUGCGAUCCCAACUGAAAAGGUGGAUGGAACUUGCUGCUACAUAACUACGCACAAAGGGCAGCCAUACCUUUGGGCCCGGUUGGAUAGAAAACCGAACAAGCAAGCUGAGAAAAGGUUUAAACGUUUUGUGCACUCAGCAGGUGACUCAAAAGGAUUUACUUGGAAUAUUGAAGAUGACUUCAAGCCUGUCCCUGAAUGCUGGAUUCCAACAAAGGAAAUAGAGUACUGCAAUGGAAAACCUUUUCCUGAUGAAAAUGGGCAUAUUCCAGGCUGGGUGCCAGUGGAGCAAAACAGCAAACAAUAUUGUUGGCAUACCUCUGUUGUUGACUAUGAAUUUGAACUAGCGCUCAUUCUGAAGAAUCACACUGAGGAACCUGGUCUUCUGGAAAUUAGUCUAGUGCCCUUAUCAGAUCUCUCAGAACAAACUCUGGAGCUUAUUGGAACGAGCAUUAAUGCAAAUCCAUAUGGCUUAGGAGACAAGAAACAUCCUAUCCACUUUCUCGUACCACAUGGAACAUUUCAAAUAAAAAAUGCCCCUCCACUGAAUCAUGAUGACAUAUUGUCUUGGUUUGAUGGAAGCAAAGAAGGGAAAAUUGAAGGAAUUGUAUGGCAUUGUGCUGAUGGAAACUUAAUUAAGCUCCAUCGGCAUCAUCUUGGCUUGUGCUGGCCAAUUGCGGACCCUCAUUUGAUUUCUCAGCCAGUUGUUAUCACCUUUAGUGGUGCCAAAUACGACUAUAAUUUUGAGCCAAAGACACUUUUCCAUUAUUUUUCAAAGUUGGAGGGACAAAGAUUCAAUAGUCUCAGAGAUAUUGUAAGUAAUCUGUGACCAGAU